AUGACAAUCCCUGCAGACCAUGGCUCGAUGGCAGCUCAAGCUGGACCCAGCAAAAAGCAUAGCAAGUCCCCUUCAAGGUCCGCUUCGCUGCGAGCCCUGCCGUCGAAGUUGCGUCCGAAAACUGCUCCCACAUCACCAGAUCCAGGGGAGGAUCCACCUGGCGCAACUCUUGCACCCCCACUUCCCGCUUCACCCAGAGUACGCAGAUCAUCAGCCCCCGAAGAGGGUUCUCAGACGCCGGAAUGGCUCGCCAAUCAGUUCAGCACGCCCGCCGAAUCGGACGCCGAGUUUGUUCGCAGGACGUAUGCUCACUUCGCAAUAGCAGGUGUACCAGACGACGGGUUCUCAGAUGGGAAGGAGUACACCAGGGAGAAGAAUGGCCUGUCAGCAUGGGAAGAGGCGGCACUCUCCCGUCCGGGCAGCAGCAUCGCUGCUCGAAGCGCAUCUCGGCCAGCAGCUCAGCUAUCCGACUCGCCCCGCAUCGCUGCCAUCAACGGCACGGGUGGUCACGCACCACCACCACCACCACCACCACUCAGCACCAGCGAAAGUACCAGAAGCGUCAUGUCGUUGACGUCCUUGCGACCCAUCCAUCAAGAGAUCAAUGGAGACGUUUCAAGACCAAGCCUGCCUCCAUCCACCAGCACGGAGACCGCCCUUUCUACCAGCACGUUCCUCUCUACCAACGAACGAAGACGCCGUCAAGAACUUGCAGAAAAGAAGCGACAGGAGCUGAUCGCUAAUAUCGAUCGUUACGGAUUCUUCUCGGAUAGCCCUAGCAGUGUUCAGCACAAGACUACUCUGCUGCCCUCGAACUUGUUCGAUGCACCCUUCCCAAGGAAGGGCUCAAGAGGCGUCGCCACCCAGAGCGGACGGGCCCCAGCGAGUCUGUCCGGAGCCUGCACACCUCCGCAUGCGCAUGGCGACGAAAAGGCAAAGACAUCUGCUGUCAUUCAACGGGCUCGGGCGGCAGCUGACGCUGUACACCGUCAGCGAGAGCAGGAGCGCACCGCGAAAUGGGCACGCAUGUUGACCGUCAAAAGUCGCGAUCAGGGUCACAAUGCCGUCCAAUUCGAUUUCAACGACGGCAUCGACCGCAAAUUGCGACGUAGAGUCUACAAGGGUAUUCCGGAUCGAUGGCGCUCAGCAGCCUGGUCUGCGUUGCUGCGACAUAGUCAACAGACUGCAGCAGGCCGACACUCGUAUUCGCUUGCCAAACCGCAUCUGCGAAAGGAUGCUGAUGCAUUGGAAGCGGUCGCGCUGGACGGGUCCGACGCCUUCCAAUUCGAGCGCCUCACCGCCGUGCCCAGCACGCAUGAUGUACAGAUCGACCUCGACGUCCCACGCACCAUCUCGGGUCACAUCCAAUUCCACACGCGCUACGGUCAAGGUCAGCGAGCUUUGUUUCAUGUACUGCACGCCAUGUCGAUGCUGUGCGACCAGUGCGGGUACUGUCAAGGCAUGGGUCCUAUCGCUGCUACGCUGCUCUGCUACUUCAGCCCCGAGCGAGCAUACGCUGCGAUGGUCACGAUGCACAACCACCUCGACCUACACUCGACAUUCGCACCAGGGUUCCCAGGACUCGUCGAGAAUCUUUUCGUCCAGGAUCAGCUGCUUCGCAAGUACAUGCCCGAGUUGGCGACGGUGUUUGGUGAUCAGAUGAUCGUCGCCAGUUCGUAUGCGACCAAAUGGUACAUCACCCUGUUUUCGAAUUCAAUCCCCUUCGAAACGCAGCUGCGCGUAUGGGACGCAUGGCUCCUCGAUGGUCAGGACGUCAUCAGCAUGGUUGCCCUUGGCAUCAUUUGGGCUCACCGGAGCGUGAUCUUGGACCCGAGCGCCGAUUUCGAGACGAUCCUUAGCGCGUUGAGCAGCUUCUUUGUGCCGGAAGACGACGAUGCGUUGAUGUUGUGGGUCAAGGAUGCUUUGUCGAGGAAGGAUGUACAGGGUAGCUUGACGAAGGCUCGGAACGAGUAUAGGCGGAAGGUGGAGAAUGGUGAAGCAGCUGCUUUGAUGUUGUAG